UGCAAAAUUAUAUUCAAGAGUAAAGCAAGUACAAAAACUACUUAAAAAAAACUUUAAAACUCUUAAAAACAGAAAUGUUUAAUGUAAUCUUCUAAACAAGAAAGAGAUAAUUAAGAAAGAGAUAAUUUCAUGAUCUAUUCAUGCAAUAGUUGAACCUCAAUCAAGACAUUUACAGGCCAAUUUUAGCAUUUUUUGAUGCUUCGUUAAAAUAUUGUCUUAUAUCGUUAGCGAGACUCCUAGCUCGCAUACAAUUUUGGUUCAAAUCAAUGUUGCUGAUAAUCCAAACAAAAUCCAUUAUGCACCAUGCUAUUCUAACCACAUUCUGAGUGAAGACUGAUGCAGAAGAUUAAUAUGCUUACCGUUGUGCAGUGGUUGAUAACCUUCUACAAAGGAGAGGUGCACAGUGCCUGGAAAAGUCACCUUGGAUUUCCAGAUCAUCUGAAGAACAGACACACGUUGACUGAAAACUAAAUAAGACAUCACUUUGAAGGGGAAAAAAGGGCAAAAUAAAUCUUAUCUGUUCAUUAUUAAGUGGAAUAGAGACAGUUAAAUGUAUUCAUUAUUAAGUAAACCAUGACAACAAGAGCACUUUAUGGGUCUCUUUCAUUACAGAUUUAUAUUUAUCCAAGUUCUAUAUUUAGUAAUUAGUUUAAUGUUAAUCAACUAGCUGUAUUUGGUACUACAUAAUGAAACAAUAGAGUGUGUGUGGGGUGAAACAAAGUGCUCAAAGUGGUGUUGGCUGUAAAUAAAGAGAAGAGCACAGUAAAAAGUUAGUUGAGCCUUUAUUACCUCCCAGCUGUUUUAUAGAAAACCGACGGUAGCCCGGCCCAUCACAACACAAUCAACCCGACACGAGUUAGCCAAGCAAGGGGCAAAAAUCUUAUAAAUCUGAAUAAUGAAAUCGGAAGUGCAAGCCGAUAAUUGAAACUAGGCAGCGUCACGUCAGGCAUCAUGUCUUCCAGAGAGCGCCGUUCUGACGUCUACAUAAAGGCAGAGCCCAGCAGUCCAGAGGGAGGUGGAGGAGGGCGCACCAGUCCCGGUGGAGCCUCCUCAGACUCAUCACAGAGUGGAGGUGGAGGCACCAGAGGAGACAGUGCAAAGCGGUACUCUCCUCCUCUCUACACCCCAGCUUUACGUUGUCACUUUAAGGAUGAAGGUGGUGAUGUAGCAGAAGAAGGCUCCACUGGAAAUGGGGCUGGUCGCUGCAAGUACGCCCUCAGUACACUACCCAAACGGCUGUGUUUAGUUUGUGGUGAUGUUGCCUCUGGUUACCACUAUGGUGUUGCCUCAUGUGAAGCCUGCAAAGCCUUCUUCAAGAGAACCAUCCAAGGUAACAUUGAGUACAGCUGUCCAGCAUCAAAUGAGUGUGAAAUCACAAAAAGGCGUAGAAAGGCUUGCCAGGCAUGCCGCUUCACCAAGUGCCUCAAAGUAGGCAUGUUAAAAGAGGGUGUUCGCCUUGAUAGAGUCAGAGGUGGAAGACAAAAGUACAAGAGACGCCCGGAUGUGGAAAAUGCUACAUACCAGAAUGCCCCAUUACCCCUCACCAAGGAGAGUGAAAAAGGUUCCUCCAACAUCAUUGUGUCCCAUCUGCUUGUGGCAGAGCCAGAAAAAUUAUUUGCCAUGCCUGAUCCUCUGCAGCCUGACACAGCUCAGCGUACACUAACUACCCUCUGUGACCUGGCCGACCGAGAACUGGUCGUCAUCAUCGGCUGGGCUAAACACAUUCCUGGCUUCUUGUCACUGUCUCUGGCAGACCAGAUGUCGGUGCUGCAGUCCGUUUGGUUGGAGGUGCUGGUUUUGGGUGUUGCUUAUCGUUCCCUGGGCUGUGAGGAUGAGGUAGUGUUUGCAGAGGACUUUGUCCUUGAUGAAGAGAUGUCACGAGCUGCGGGACUCACUGAGCUAAAUGCAGCUAUUAGUCAACUGGCCCGACGCUUCCGCGCCCUCAACUUGGACCGGGAGGAGUUUGUUAUGCUAAAAGCCAUAGCUCUUACCAACUCAGAUUCUGUUUACAUUGAGGACAUGGAAGCUGUGCAGAAGCUGCGGGACCUACUGCACCAAGCUCUGCUGGAGCUUGAAUGUCAGCGACGCCCAGACGACCCCCAGCGGGCCGGACGCCUCCUUUUAACAUUGCCUCUAUUAAGACAGACUGCAGGCCGUGCACUCACCACCUUCUACAGCAUUAAGACACGAGGAGGGGUACCCAUGCACAAACUAUUCCUGGAAAUGCUGGAAGCCAUGAUGGACUCUCCUUAGAGCAGAACAGAAGUGACUUUGUGAGACCAACAGAGAUAUUCAAGAGGAAGAAGAAAUAACACUAGGGAAUAAUUAAGCAGCAGAACAUUCCCCUUUGAGCUGCGAUAAAAGUAGUCCAAGAACUUUGUUUUGCUACUUUUGGCGAGAUGGUCAUCGGCAAACUUGGUUAUGUGGCUUCUAAAUGAUUAAUAACUACCAAUGUAGGAACCCCACCUGACCUACUACUUCAUUUUGUAUUCACAACAAUGAACCACUGGAGGAGCUGCAAACUGUAAUCACGGCUAUAAGACUUAUAUCAAUGCAAUCUCCUCAUAGAAGCCAUAAUAAAAUGUUUUAAGCAAAAGAGGGUCCAGUGAAGGGUCAGACUGACAUGCACAUAAAGUGCUUGUAUUCACUGUAGAUUAGUGUGCCAUUGUAGGCAAAUUCAUAGGAAUUACUUGCAAUAUAGUAAAAGCAAUAUAAUGGCUUAAUUGUUGUCACAUUUAAAAUGUGGAUAAAGGAUUAGAUUUUCAUGUCCAUAUACAGUUGUUUACAACUGCUCAAAACUCCAAGAGCUGUUUGUUUGGGCUUGAAUUGCUGGUUUAUAGAUGCAGAGCUCAGCUUUGAAACCAGAGCUGUAAACCUUUUGUGUACAACAUAAUGCUUUAUAAAACUGUGCAAUUGAAGAGAUCUGUUGAUGUGCGUAUAAAUAUAAAAAAAUAUAUGCACAGAUAAUGAGUUUUAUCCAUAGUAAUAUAUUCACUGUAGUUUCUAUAAAUCCCACUGCCAAACUGAGUAGGUGGAGGUGAUAUGUCCAAAACAGUGACCCCCCUGUGGAGGCAGGAGCAAAAGGUGAUGCUUGCUUUUUUUAAUUUUAUUUUUUAAAAUAUUUUUUGUUUAAAAUUUUCAUUUGAACAGCGAUACUUUUUAGAAUCUGUACAAGUGUAGGUGACUGGUUUGGUAAGUCCUGUAUGUAUAAUAGAUCCAGGAGGUUGUAACAGUUUUCUGCAGCAAGUAAUGGAGUGUUUUAAAUUAGAAUCCUUUUAUGUCCUUUACAUUGGUCGAACAACAUGCCUGUACAGUAAUGCGUUCAGGGCAACAUAGAAAGUUAAAGAAAAACUAUGAUACAUUUUAGAUGUUAACAUUUUGUCAACCCUUAAAUCCCUCUUUCAGUUUUUUAAUUUCACAGUUGACUGUCAUUAUGAGAGUUUCAAAUUACUUCUUCUGCUAUCUGAUAUGAACAUCAGAUAAGCAAUACUGUACGUAGAGGCCCAGGGGCCAGUAGUUACUUAGCCAUCCACAGUUCCAUUUAAAUUGGUAAAAACAUGCAAUUUAUUAUGGAAGAAUAAAGCCAGCAGAUGUUCUAAAUGUCCCUGUUAUUUGUACUGUGUCCAUGCAACUUUUGGCGUACUAAAAUUUGUAUAAAGCGACUAAACUGCAUUCAUGUGAAGGUAUUUUUACUUCAGAAUCAGCACUGUUUUGGGUUUGGUACUGCGAUUAAGCUGAUCAAACUGAAUGUUUUGAAUUCUUUUUUUUUUUUUUUUUUUUUUUUUUUUAUAUAUAAGUUGUAUCUUUGUUGAACAUGAUUGUCUGGGAUCAGGCUACAGGGCUACCUCAGAAGGCAGUGUGCCAGAUGGCCAAACAACUAGUGUUUUUAUUUUGUUCAGGUAUUUGAUGUUUGGAAUUCAUCUCUCAAGCUAAAUUUCUCUUGUUUUCAUUUCUUACAGCAUCUUCACUGAACAUGGUGUGACAUUUCACAUAAUGUCUGCUUACAUUCUACAAUAUCUAUUACGUUAUUCAGUAUAUCAUCUUGGACAGUAGCUCAGAGCACUGCAGGUCAUAUAUUACAAGUUCUAAACUACUAUGAAUCUUCUCCAUUCUUUUUUUUUUUCUAUUUUUAAUUUCACUUUCAUAUUUUCUACAACAAACAGCAGGAUAAUGUUCACUAAUACACAUCACAGGUUUCGUUUUCAAUAUCAGUCAGAAUCUGGAUGUUGAGCCUGGUUCACUUUGUAUGUUGGUGGGUGAGAUUGGAAGAGGGCAAACUAAGUCAUUUGUAGGGUCUAUAUAAUAUGUGCGCAUUAAAAUAAAUGAGCAAUACAAUAAUUUACCAAACCUCAUAUUCUUGUAUAGCAUCAGUGCAAAUUUAACAUGGCAAGCUAUGAUAAAGAAUAGCUACUUAUUAUGUAGUGCUUCAAAUCAAUGUUUGUACUUUGAAAGACUAUUUAAUUGAUUAAAUUCUAUUUUUUACUCAA